UCCACUCGGAUUUUUUUGUUUAGCUAGCUAGCGUUAACUUCAACGCCAGAACCUCUAAACAGCGACCGAGCCGCGGGACAACAUGUCAGUCACGUCACACGUGCCGAACGGUGAAAGUUUCCGUUUCCUCGCCCCCCGUGGAUCCACCGAGGGAGGUACGAGGACCCCGAUCUCCCCCCCGACCCGACGCCUCGGAGCCGGCCGAGUCUCGUCCUGAAGUCCGGAAGAGGAAGAGGAAGAUCGGAAUCCGUUUCUGGCUCGAUUUAAAAACAUUUUUUUUUUAACUCCCAGCGCCUGCCGGUCCGAGCCUCGUGCGACGGCUCGGUGCCGACGCGGCAGUUAUGUUGACCGUCGACCGGGACGCAUCGAGAACUGCCGAUCGAUCUCUUGCGGCCGACGGCAAAUACUCAACUUUAUUCCACUGGAGCUAACGUUUUUUUAUAUAUUUUUUUACAAAAGUCAGAAGAAGAGCCCGAGGUGAGGAACCGGGAGGAACCGUGCGUGGGGGGGGGUUCUUUUAGGGAAGAGAACCUUCCUCCACCUCCAGGCUCUUGGUGCUGUUCCUCCUUCACUGCCUCCGUCGGAGCGUUGCCAUGCCGACCAACCAGUCCCCCUGGGACGGGGCCGAGCGGCGCGGUCGCCCCGACGCCGAUGGUCCCGCCGCCGCCGCCAAAGUGCCUUUCGGGAGAAAGGAUCGAGCCGAACCCGUCUCCUCCAACGCCGCCCCCCCGAGGCGGAUGACGACGGCGCCGCCGCCGUCUGUGUUCUCCGUCCGGGAGAACCGGGCCGGCGCCGAAACCAACGGCCACAGCCGACCCACCACAGUGCCAGACGGGUCUCCAAAGCCCACGCCGCGCCCGCUCACCGGGACGCAAAACCAGGAGCCGCUCGCAGAGCCCCGCCCCCCUCUCUCUUCUUCUUCUUCUUCCACCCCGAAGAAGGAACGUCUGGUCGGGUUUAACGUCCAGCGGCGCCGCACGCCGCUCCAGGGCGUGGCGACGGGCCGACGUCCGGCCACAGCGGGGGGAGCGCCGCUCCCUUCUUCUCCUUCCGGUGGUCACCGGGACCGGAUCCUCGAAGGGAAGCAGGCCAACAAGUCGAUGCCCGAAGCCGCCGCCUGUUCCUCCUCCUCCUCGCCGUCGGUGCCUCCGCCUCCGUGCCUUACCGUCUGCGAACACCAGGGGGCGACGUCGAGAAAGGAUGGCGUGAAAGGCGAGGCGAGGAGAAGAGCCGCCACGGCGACGAGGAGGAGCCGUUCGGCCAAAGCGCCGAAAUGCAUCCGGGAACACGGAGGUUGCGCAACGACGACCGCUUCGAAGGACCCGGCGGUGGCAAGACGGGGCCCUCUGGUGGCCCCGGACCUGGAGGAGCGGGGCCCGGAGAGUCUUCCGGAUGCCAGUCCGUUUUCAAAUGUCCUCACGCCAACCGCGCCCAGUGCCAACGUCAGUGCCACGCCGCCGCCGGGCGCCGUCACAGCGGUGACCUCUGUGACCUCUGUGACCUCUCGGAUCUCCACCAUCAACCUCGCUGGCUCUUCGUCUCCAUCCUCUUCCUCACCAUCGCCGACAGAGAACUGUCUGGUGGGAGAGACUCGGCUGUCUGGCCAAGAUGGCACCCUGCAGCUGGACGGAGGAGUGGAGGAGGAGCUGGAGAAUGCUUGUAGUGAUGACGAUGAUUCAGACUGUUGGUCCAUCAACGGCUCCUCGUCCACCGCCUCCAUCACUCCCCUUUCUGGCGCGGAGGAGUCGAUGUCGUUGGGGGCCGAAGACGACCGAGAGGAGCGGCCGGCGUUGGUUCCCAGCCUGUUCGCCGCCAUCGCGCCGACGCUCUACUUCAGCACCGCCCAGGAGAAAGUGGAGCUGCUGCCGGCCGACCAGAGGAGACUCCUCAGGUGGAAGAUCUGCACCGUCACCCCGAAUAUCGUCAAGCACACCAUCGGCAGGUCGCACUUCAAAGUCACCAAGAAGAGCCACGACUGGCUGGGCUGCUGGGGCCCCCACAUGAAGUCCCCGUGCUUCAAGGCCCUCGGCGAGCACCAGAAGCUGAACCACUUCCCGGGAACCUUUCAGAUCGGCAGGAAGGACCGCCUGUGGAGGAACCUGUCCAAGAUGCAGUUGUCCUUCGGCAAGCGGGAGUUCGGCUUCUUCCCGCGCACCUUCGUCCUCCCGCAGGACGUCAAGCUGCUGCGCAAGGCCUGGGAGGACGGCGGCGCCCGGCAGAAGUGGAUCGUCAAGCCGCCGGCGUCCGCCAGAGGAAUCGGCAUCCAGGUCAUCCACAAAUGGGGCCAGCUGCCCCGCAAGCGGCCGCUGCUGGUCCAGAAGUACCUCCACAAGCCCUACCUCAUCGGCGGCAACAAGUUCGACCUGCGCAUCUACGUCUACGUCACCUGCUACGACCCGCUCAGGGUCUACAUCUUCUCCGACGGACUGGUUCGCUUCGCCAGCUGCAAGUAUUCGUCUUCCACGAAGACGCUGGGCAACAAGUUCAUGCACCUGACCAACUACAGCGUCAACAAGAAGAACUCCGAGUACCAGAGCAACAGCGACGACAAGGCCUGCCAGGGACACAAAUGGACAUUGAAGUCUCUGUGGCAGUUCCUCGGUUCAAAGGGAGUCAGCACCGCUCCGAUCUGGGAGAAGAUCAAAGACAUUGUGAUCAAAACCAUCAUCGGGUCCGAGCCGUACGUGAACAGCCUGCUGAAGAUGCACCUCCACUCGCCGUACAGCUGCCACGAGCUGUUCGGCUUCGACAUCAUGCUGGACGAGAAGCUGAAGCCCUGGCUGCUGGAGGUCAACAUCUCACCAAGCCUCCAUUCCAACACGGCGCUGGACGUGGCGGUUAAAGGUCAGAUGAUCCGAGACCUGCUGAACCUCGCAGGCUUCCGUAUCCCCCUCAAAGAAGACGUGGGCAUCCCCAGCUCCACCAGCAGUCUGUGUGUGUGGACCAGGGAGAGGACCAAGCCACAAGUGUCUGCUGAUGAGAAGGUGAAGCGGGCCUUUUACCUCGCCCAGUGUUACGCCGACCAGGACUUCCUGUCGACGGUGCUGGACGUCUUGACCCCGGAGGACGUCCGCGUGCUGGCGGCGGGCGAGGACGAGCUGACCCGCCUCGGACAGUUCCAGCGCAUCUUCCCGUCGCCGGAGUCGUCCCGCUACCUUCGCUUCUUCGAGUGCCCGCGGUACCUCAACGUGCUGCUGGACCAGUGGGAGAGGAAGUUCUGCAGCAGCAGGCCCAAAGGUAUCGCUCUGCUGACCGCUCUCUGUGAGAAGGCCGUCCACCUGGGGACCAGCGACCCGCUCCACAUGUGGUCCAAGAGCAGCUACAUCUCAAGUUUUGAGCCCCAGAAACAAAACCUUGUUGGUCCCUCCAGAUCAAGGGUGGUGGUGUCCCACCAGCACCACCAGCACCACCCCGACGACGACUCCUCCUCCCAGGGUUCGGACACGGAGUCGGCCUCCGUGGCCAGCCCCCCCGGGUCUCCGGGUCCCGGGUCCAGCGGGUCCAGCAGUGCCUGUGCGAGCCCUCAGCCGGGCCUCGCCCAGCGGUUCUCGUCCCUCUGAGGCGCCUCUGGGUUUGCUCACGUCACACGGAAAGUUCCCAUGGUUACCGCGUCUGAACAAACGCUGCAGGAGAAAGGAUUUGGGUUUUUAACAUACAGUCACGACCAGAAGGGUCUCUGGGGUCAGAGAGGACCGUCUGGUCUUUUUAGGACCUCGAUUACGUGCAAAGCACUUUGACGAUCUAUAAAAUAAAUCUAAAAUAUUGCUUCAGUUCAAAUGUAUUCAGAGAUUCGUUGACUUUUGAUUUUUUUGUGUGCGGUAUUUAAACAAAUCGUCCUGUAGUGACUUGAAGCGUGCCGGAGAUCCAUGAAUCCACCGUUUAGAACGUGAAAAUAAAUAAAUACAUAAAUAAAUACACGCUAAACGACGAGGGGGAGAAACGUUAAAUGUAGUCGGACAAUAAAGUUACGAGAGUUCGGCUUCCGAUGGGAACGAGAACCGCCGAACACCGCCGUGCCAAUUCUGUAUUUAUUUAUUUAUUUUUCUGAAACCCUCGAAUCUCACUCCCCUAACGUGGGCGGGUCCUCGUUGGUCCUCGUUGGUCCUCGUUGGUUUUCGCUGGUCCUCGUUGGUCCUUGUUGGUCCUCGUUGGUCUUCGUUGGUCCUCGUUGGUUUUCGCUGGUCCUCGUUGGUCUUCGUUGGUCCUCGUUGGUCUUCGUUGGUCUUCGUUGGUCCUCGUUGGUCCUUGUUGGUCCUCGUUGGUCUCCGUUGGUCUUCGUUGGUCCUCGUUGGUCCUUGUUGGUCUUCGUUGGUCCUCGUUGGUCUUUGUUAGUCCUCGUUAGUCUUCGUUGGUCCUCCUUGGUCUCCGUUGGUCCUCGUUGGUUUUCGUUGGUCCUCGUUGGUCUUUGUUGGUUUUCGUUGGUCUUCGUUGGUCUUCGUUGGUCUUCGUUGGUCCUUGUUGGUCCUUGUUGGAGAGACUAAACGUCCAGACCUGAAUCUAGACCUGAAUCCAGACCUGAAUCCAGACCUGGAUCCACUUGAACAUCUGUGGGGGCGGGAUCUAAAGAGGGCUCAUGCAAAUGGACUCCUACCCCAAAAAACGGAGUGCUGUAAUACAAAUAAUUAAAUUAUUAUCUAAAGGUUUUGCAUAUUCAUGCCACCAGGUUAUUAUUUAGUUUAGUUUAUUUUCUUCCCUAAACGGUUUCAGUUUGUUUUUCCAUUUGUUCACUUUAAUUAACUUAAAGGUGGUGAGAGUUUGGACUUUUAUCUUCUAGGAGAAAUACAGAAGUACAUAUUAUACUUCACGGAGUUAAAUAAUGUUUGAAGUGUAAAGGAAAUGUUCAAAGUUGGUGGAGAUCGGAUUUUUUACUAACCUGGCAAUUGUAUUAAAAAAAUAUAUAAUAAAAAAUGUACUUUUUUUUAAGGGCUCUUUGAAUUUCAAAAUAAAAGUAAUUUGUGAUAUACAAUCUCA